GAGAGAUAGAGAGAGAGAGGGAGAGAGAGGGAGCCCGGCAGGAGGAGUGGGACUCUCUAUUACGACACUAGCGACUCUUAAAUCCAGCCGCUCCUCCUUUUUUACGCAGGAGAUUUGAAGAAACAAACAAGAAAACAGGAGGAGCCGUGAUUGUGGACAAAGUGUAGUCUUCCCUCGCAUCGGUGUUUCUUGACAUCUUUGUAAAUUCUCCUCAGACUCACCGGAGCACCGAUGGGACCGGACGCGAGACGCGCUGUGGACGUCGUGCUGCUCAUCCUGUCGCUGUCGAGCCGGCGCGUCCUCGGCGGCUACGGGAUGAGCCUGUUCGCGGCGCAGACCUCCCCGCCGGACCCCUGCUCCGACGAGCACGGCAACCCGCGGCGCUGCAUCCCGGACUUCGUCAACGCCGCCUUCGGCAAGGAGGUGAGGGCGAGCAGCACCUGCGGCGGGGGGGCGGCGCCCGGCCGCUACUGCGUGGCGACCUCGGCGGAGAAGGGCGACGCCAGGACCAGGAGCUGUCACACGUGCGACGCGUCGGACCCGCGGAGGCACCGUCCCCCGGCGCACCUGACGGACCUCAACAACCCGCACAACCUCACCUGCUGGCAGUCCGACAACUUCGUGCAGUACCCGCAGAACGUCACCCUGACGCUGUCCCUGGGCAAGAAGUUCGAGGUCACGUACGUGAGCCUGCAGUUCUGCUCGCCGCGGCCCGAGUCCAUGGCCAUCUUCAAGUCCAUGGACUACGGUAAGACGUGGGUGCCCUUCCAGUUCUACUCGACGCAGUGCAGGAAGAUGUACAACAAGCCCAACAGGGCCGCCAUCACCAAGCAGAACGAGCAGGAGGCCGUCUGCACGGACUCCCACACCGACAUGCACCCGCUGAGCGGCGGGCUCAUCGCCUUCAGCACGCUGGACGGCCGGCCGUCGGCGCACGACUUCGACAACUCCCCGGUGCUGCAGGACUGGGUGACGGCCACCGACAUCCGGGUGGCCUUCAGCCGGCUGCACACGUUCGGCGACGAGAACGAGGACGACUCGGAGCUGGCCCGCGACUCGUACUUCUACGCCGUGUCGGACCUGCAGGUGGGCGGCAGGUGCAAGUGCAACGGCCACGCGUCCCGCUGCGUAAAGGACAGGGACGGCGGCCUGGUGUGCGAGUGCAAGCACAACACCGCCGGGCCGGAGUGCGACAGGUGCAAGCCGUUCCACUACGACCGGCCGUGGCAGAGAGCCACCGCCCGGGAGGCCAACGAGUGUGUCGCCUGCAACUGCAACCUUCAUGCCCGAAGGUGUCGCUUCAACAUGGAGCUGUACAAGCUGUCGGGGAGGAAGAGCGGAGGGGUCUGCCUCAACUGUCGCCACAACACGGCGGGCCGCCACUGCCACUACUGCAAGGAGGGCUACUACAGGGACCUGUCCAAACCCAUCUCACACAGGAAGGCCUGCAAAGCAUGUGAUUGCCAUCCCGUGGGUGCGGCUGGCAAAACCUGUAACCAAACCACAGGACAAUGUCCCUGUAAAGACGGCGUGACUGGUAUCACGUGCAACCGCUGUGCUAAAGGCUACCAGCAGAGCCGCUCGCCCAUUGCCCCCUGCAUAAAGAUUCCAGUCGCGCCUCCCACAACCCCGUCCAGCAGCGUAGAGGAGCCAUCGGACUGCGACUCUUAUUGCAAGGCUUCGAAAGGCAAACUGAAAAUCAACAUGAAGAAGUACUGCAAGAAAGAUUACGCCGUCCAGGUGCAUAUCCUGAAGGCAGACAAAUCCGGAGAGUGGUGGAAGUUCACCGUCAACAUCAUCUCCGUCUACAAGCAGGGGGAGAGCCGCAUCCGCCGCGGGGACCAGUUCCUGUGGGUCCGCGCCAAAGACGUGGCCUGCAAGUGUCCCAAGAUCAAGCCCGGAAAGAAGUACCUGCUGCUGGGGAACGACGAGGACUCCCCCGGUCAGAGCGGCGUGGUGGCAGAUAAGGGCAGCCUGGUUAUCCAGUGGAGGGACACGUGGGCACGCAGGCUCCGGAAGUUCCAGCAGCGGGAGAAGAAAGGCAAGUGCAAGAAGCCAUAGGUGGAAAACAUUGGAGAGGAAGAGAAAUGCAAGAAAAUCUAAGCAGGUGAUUUAAGAAAAAAAAUAACAAAUCAACAAAAACAAAAUAAAAGAGACGACGAAGAGGAAGAGAUAGACGGACAGAGGACCACGGACAGAGAACAGACUUUUUAUGUUGCUGCUUUUUUGUGUAGAAGCAUGAAGAGAAUUAUUUAGGAUGAUUUGUCUUUUCUAGUGAACUUUCGUUGAAGGAGCUCACCUUGCAGAUUUGGUUUUAUGGUUUAUUUUACUUUGAGGUUUUUUCUCUCUCGUGGAUUUGCCGAAUUUGCACCUAUUACCAGUAUAUAAAGUUAUUUGUGUUUGUUUUCGUUAUCUCAGUAUGAAAUCAGUAUCUUUUAUGUUUCAAUUUUAUGGACGUUUCUGCUGGUGCAAAAAUGACACAAAAACUCCCACUUUAUAACCACUGCAAUUUUGCCUCUGCAUGGUUUACUUAUUGUAUCCGUAGCUUGUGCCAUAAACCCGACUGUUGCAGUAAUGAGCAGUACUUUUAGCUGUUAAUUUCAUUCCGAUACAAAAUUCAGGUACAUCUGCAACUGAAGAAACAAUAAAUCUGUUGCUGUUCAUGUCAAGACUUCUACAAAUUUAGUAUUUGCAGAUGACAGAGAAACAGGGAUAAAAAUCAAUACUGACUAAAACAUAUUUGACCCUGACUAAUCGUUUGGAUAUUUCUACUCUACUAUCGGCCCACAUUAGACAUCACUGGUGAAAUUUGAGUGGUUCUGAUUUUUCUUUUUUUAAACCUGCAUGGAAACGCUUUUAAUUUGCGACUGUAACGUUCAGUUCUCUGACUUGUGCCGCUGAUGUUACUAAUGUUAAAAUUAUGGAGUUUUUUUGUUUGUUUGGGUUGGAUUUAAAAUCACUGAUUUCACCUUCAGUGCUUACAGUAACUGUGGUGUUUAACUUUUGAAUUUCAGGAGUUUAUCAACCGGCUUAGAAGAGGCCAGACACACUAUAAUAAAGAUACAAUGGAAACAUCACAAAAUCAUGGGUGGAGCUAACAGGAAUAAAUAAUAACGUAAAUAAUCUCCUCAAGUGGCUACAAAACAAUUUGGCAAUAAAAAAAAACCCAAUUUCUUUGACAAUUUAGAGUGAAUAUCCUUCUUGUACUACAACAAUACGAUUGGAGCUGUGAAAGUUGCCCCAGGUAGACCCCCUGUGGAAAUUGGAAGCAACAUUGGAAUUGUUCUGGUGGAAGUUGCUGAGCUGCAGCUGCAGGUACUGGUCCUUCUGACAUCGGACAAUACCGACAAAGAAGAGUAUGUCACAAGUGCAACAAUGCAAAUGUUUGUAUCAUUCGUCUCUUUUGUGUACUGUUUUCAUACCAGCUCGUGAUAAACUCUGUAAACUAUGUGUAAAAACUGCAUCUUUAAAGACAAAGGAAGACAAAGAUCACCCCUCACCAAGGUAACACAAUGUGGAGGGCUGCCGAACACCAAAUCUGUGGAUUCACUUAAACGUAAUUGGUAAAUGUACUGAAGAGGCAUUGAGAGUGGGCAUGAUGAAAAGAAAUGAAUUUCCUUACCUCAUAUGGUGCAGAAGGUGACCCUAACGAAGAACAGAAAAAUGACAACUUGAGCGCAAAUGGCGCCUCAGAAAAAAAACACCCAAUGAUUAUUUUGAGAACACGCAAGACUCAAGUAUUUUUAUUUUAUUUUUUUUAAUCCACCGCACACUGGCACGUAUUCAUGUGGAGUAAUUCCGCCGGUACUAUGAGGUCGUAGAUAACGACCUUUUACCGUUCACACAUUCUUCGGCAGACACAAUGCACGACUGUACAUUCACACUGUGUGAAGCUGCAGUCUCCCAUUGACCUGUCACGUUGAUUCUCUGCACUUCUACGCUUGCACAGGGAGAAAUGUAGGGGUGGGGGUGGGGGGGGGAUGGUUUGCAAUCACUUGAUGCUGCUUGAUUCAAACCACAUUGUUCAUUUUUUAUUUGUAUGCAGUUCAGUUUGGAUUUCUCCAACAAAUGUGUGGUAGAAAUACUGCUCAGGUUUGUAAAAAGCCCACAGUGUGUCUGAUGUAUCAUAAAGCAGGGUUCCCGUCAGUCCGUCCCCAAACACACAACAACAACACUGAUUUUUUGAUAUUUCUGGUAUUUGUUGCUUUACAAAGUCACACCUACUAUUGCACCAUUUAAAAUGUUCCACAGCACAAUUAACUGUAAAAAAAAUAAACAUUUAAAGACUUUUAAAUGUUAACAUUUUAAGGUUUUAACCGAAUGGACAAACUGUAUAAUAUUUGAUUCCAUUUUUCUCAGAAACCUACUCAUUUGUCCAGGAUUUCUUUUUUUUUUUUAAAUGGACUGAAAUGCCUCCUAGAUAAUGACAAAUUAGAAAUCAAAAUCACCUGAAUUACAUUUUGUAAUUACAUCUUGGGGUUCGAUGGCGUUUGUCUUCAUUUUUAAUGUACAACUAAUCAAACGAUUGUGGUUUCAGUCCGACAUGAUGCGACGUGCUGGUGACACACUCACACACAGUAUAUUUUCACGUUCCUGCCUUUCAGCAUUUAUCUUACAACAUAACAUUGGCAAUGUUUUCCAGUUUGGCACAAUGUAAUCUGUAAGCGCACCUCUCUAGUCUCUGAAGCCUCAUGCUGUAAAUUUUUUUACAUCCAUCUCCUUGAGCAAUGGUUCGACAAGCUUCCCGAUGAAACGCUACACACACACACACACACGAACACACACACACACGAACACACACACACACACACACACACACACACACACACACACACACACACACACACACACACACACACACACACACACACACACACACACACACACACACACACACACACACACACACACACACACACACACACCUGUCAAAGCAUUGCUUUGUGUUCAUACUAUGAAUUGUAAAUGUUGUUUAGUUGUCACCAUUGUAAAGACUUUUUGCAAUGUUGUUUUUCAAUGCGUACUAAUAUAUUAUGGUUAUUAUAUAUGAAUAUAUUUAAUGACACAAGACAUUGUGGAUUUUAUUGUCUUUAUCAACUUU